CGUUUACACCCGUCCCAAAACCUAACCAAAACCCCCACGCCGCAAUUAAAUUAAAAAAAAAAACACGCCGCCGCCAUCUCCGGCGAUGUCGCGCUUCGGGCGCUCCGGGCACCCGGAGAACCGCGACACUUUCUCCCUCCUCGUCCUCAACGUCUCCUUCCGCACUACGGCUGACGACCUCUUCCCGCUCUUCGACCGCUACGGCGAGGUUGUCGACAUCCACAUCCCGCGCGACCGCAGGACUGGGGAGUCGCGAGGGUUCGCGUUCGUGAGGUACAACUACGAGGAUGAGGCGCAGGAUGCCAUUGACGGGCUUGAUGGGAUGAGGUUUGGUGGGCGGGCGCUCAUGGUGCAGUUUGCCAAGUAUGGCCCCAAUGCUGAAAAGAUCCAUAGGGGUAGAAUUACAGAAGAAAAUCCAAAGCCAAGGGGUCGUUUCAGAAGCCGCAGUCCAAGACCAAGGUAUCGAGAGGAUUAUCAGGACAGAGACUAUAGAAGGCGAAGCCAGAGCAGAAGUAGGGAGCGAUAUGAACAGGACAGGUACAGAGAUGGUGAUCAUCGCCGCCAUAGGACUCGCAGUAUUAGUCCUGAUUAUGACAGGAAACAUAACAGACACAGCAGUGGCUCUCCUGUACGUAAAAGCCCCAGUCAUAGCAGAAGCCGUUCACCUCAUAGGGCACCUCAUGAAGGAACACCUAGCAAGCCCAGAGAUGGCAGAAGCCGUUCACCUCGUAGGGCACCUCAUGAAGGAACACCUAGCAAGCCCAGAGAUGGCCGUGCUGCAUGUUCUGGAAGCCCUUGAGCCUAAGCUGAAUAUCACACAGCGUCUCACGGACAGCUUGAGGAAUCUAGACAGUUCUCGUAAUUAGUAUUUUCUUACUUUUAACUGGUAUAUGCUACUAAGAUGGCCUUUGUUUCAGUCUAGGUGGAGUAGACUGAGCUUUGGCAAAAACAACACUUUUGGCUUGGUUACUGAAUCUACAUGGUGCCAAUGCCAAUGAUGGAAUAUUGCUUGCCCCUGCAUUCAACUUCCAGUACUGUUUUUUGUUAACAUGGAAGCCUCAUUUUGGGAACUAUAUACACAUUGGAUAUUGUCGUUUCUUACUAUAGGUGGUGAAUUGUACAUUUCUAGUUAUAUGAUGUGAA